AUGUGCAACGUGUUACAGAUUACCAUAUUAUUAAUUGUUGCAAUUCUCUUCAAAUGUGCAACAAGUUGGAAUCCAAUAGAAACAGUGUUUGAUGAGUUGAGUAUUUUUGUGAGAAAUGAUUCCCACAAACGGAUUCCGGAUACGGUUAGCUUCCGGAAAAGCUACGAUUUCAUUGUGAUUGGGGCAGGAUCGGCUGGGGCAGUUAUUGCUAGCCGACUAUCAGAGAUUAAAGGCUGGAGUGUGUUGCUACUGGAAGCUGGGAAAGAUGAAAACAUUUUUACCGAUAUUCCAUUAGCUGCUGCAUCAACGGCUAUUACAGGUUACAAUUGGGGCUACCGGCCGGAGCCAAUGAGAAAUGCCUGCCGAGGUUUAAUCGACAGACGUUGCAUUUGGCCCAAGGGACGCGGUCUUGGCGGAACAAGUCUCAUCAACUUCAUGGUGUACACUCGAGGCAACCAAAGGGAUUACGACGACUGGGCCCGAGCUGGGAACUAUGGCUGGAGCUACCGGGAGGUUUUAAAAUAUUUUAAAAAGUCUGAACGUGUAAGCAUUGAUUGGCUGAAGAGUUCUCCUUAUCAUUCUACCAAUGGAAGUUUGGACGUAGAAUAUUCAGCAUAUGAAUCCCCGUUGCUAAGGUCCUUCAUUGAUGCGGGACAACGAUUGGGGUACGAUGAAAAUGAUCCCAAUGGUGAUGUACAGCUAGGUUUUUCGAGGGUGCAGGCCACCUUGAGAAACGGAAGAAGAUGUAGUACCGCAAAAGCUUUCCUCAGACCAGCAUCCCGAAGAUCAAAUUUAAGCAUCUCUAUGAAGUCAAGAGUUGUAAGGAUACUCAUAGAUCCUUCGACUAAGGUAGCAUACGGAGUUGAAUUCUUUAAAAAUAAGCGAAGAUAUGCUAUCAGAGCAAAAAAGGAAGUUAUUCUUUCGGCUGGGACGAUAGCAUCGCCCCAGCUGUUGAUGCUUUCAGGUGUAGGCCCCAAAGAACAUCUACGAGAGAUGGGAAUUCCAGUUAUACAAGAUCUCCGAGUUGGGUUCAACCUACAGGAUCAUGUUACAGUUACCGGAUUGGUCUUCACAGUUAAUCAAUCAAUAACUAUUCGGGACAAGGAUCUCAGUUCUCCUUUACCAGCGUUAAAUUAUUUUCUCAAUGGCAAAGGUCCUUAUACGAUACCUGGCGGAGCACUGGGAUUGGGCUUUAUCAAAACACCCAUCAGUUUCUUGCCCAAAGAUGUUCCAGAUAUAGAGCUGGUACUGGGAGCUGGAGCCCUAAACAACGUGGAUGCAGCAUCGUUGGAAACUAUUGGAGGAAUUCCUAAGGAGUUUCAUAACUUCACCUACGGCUCAAUAGCUGGAGUACAUGCUUUCAGCAUUUCUCCGGUGUUGAUGCGUCCGAAAAGCCGUGGACGAAUAAUGCUUAAAAGUGUAAAUCCAUUCGAGUGGCCAAGGAUGCAGGGAAACUUCUGCGAUGAUUAUGAUGACAUCGUUGUUCUGCGCGAAGGUUUGAAGUUGGCUGCGGCCAUUGGAGAAUCGAAGAGUUUUCGACAGUUUGGAGCAAAGUUACACCAUCAACCUUUCUUUGGCUGUGAACAUCUAGAAUUUCGAAGCGACGAGUAUUGGGAGUGUUGCAUUCGGCAAAUGGGAAGCAGCCUACAGCAUCAGGCUGGAACGUGCAAGAUGGGGCCACGAUCGGAUCGUUUUGCGGUAGUGAACCCGCAGCUGCAGGUGCAUGGCAUCCAAGGUCUCCGGGUGGCCGAUGCUUCCAUAUUGCCCGUGAUUCCGGCUUCCCAUACCAAUGCGGUCGCAAUUAUGGUCGGCGAGAAGUUGGCCGACAUGCUCAAGCAGUUCUGGGCGCCCGAAAACGCUAACGGUCGAAAGUUGAAGCGAUGA